AUGGGUCCGGCUGGUAGUGUUAAGGGUCCGGCUGGUAUUGUUAAGGGUCCGGCUGGUAGUGUUAAGGGUCCGGCUGGUAUUGUUAAGGGUCCGGCUGGUAUUGUUAAGGGUCCGGCUGGUAGUGUUAAGGGUCCGGCUGGUAUUGUUAAGGGUCCGGCUGGUACUGUUAAGGGUCUGGCUGGUAGUGUUAAGGGUCCGGCUGGUAUUGUUAUGGGUCUGGCUGGUACUGUUAAGGGUCUGGCUGGUAUUGUUAAGGGUCCGGCUGGUAUUGUUAUGGGUCUGGCUGGUACUGUUAAGGGUCUGGCUGGUAUUGUUAAGGGUCCGGCUGGUAUUGUUAUGGGUCUGGCUGGUAGUGUUAAGGGUCCGGCUGGUAGUGUUAAGGGUCCAUCUGGUAUUGUUAUGGGUCCGGCUGGUAUUGUUAUGGGUCUGGCUGGUAUUGUUAUGGGUCUGGCUGGUAGUGUUAAGGGUCCGGCUGGUAUUAUUAAGAGUCUGGCUGGUAUUGUUAAGGGUCUGGCUGGUAUUGUUAAGGGUCCGGCUGGUAUUGUUAAGGGUCUGGCUGGUAGUGUUAACGGUCUGGCUGGUAGUGUUAAGGGUCCGGCUGGUAGUGUUAAGGGUCUGGCUGGUAUUGUUAAGGGUCCGGCUAGUAUUGUUAUGGGUCUGGCUGGUAGUGUUAAGGGUCCGGCUGGUACUGUUAAGGGUCUGGCUGGUAUUGUUAAGGGUCCGGCUGGUAUUGUUAAGGGUCCGGCUGGUAUUGUUAAGGGUCCGGGUCCGGCUGGUAGUGUUAAGGGUCCGGCUGGUAGUGUUAAGGGUCUGGCUGGUAGUGUUAACGGUCUGGCUGGUAGUGUUAAGGGUCCGGCUGGUAGUGUUAUGGGUCCGGCUGGUAUUGUUAUGGGUCCGGCUGGUAUUGUUAAGGGUCCGGCUGGUAGUGUUAAGGGUCUGGCUGGUAGUGUUAAGGGUCCGGCUGGUAGUGUUAAGGGUCCGGCUGGUAUUGUUAAGGGUCCGGCUGGUAUUGUUAAGGGUCCGACUGGUAUUGUUAACGGUCUGGCUGGUAGUGUUAAGGGUCCGGCUGGUAUUGUUAAGGGUCUGGCUGGUAUUGUUAAGGGUCUGGCUGGUAUUGUUAAGGGUCUGGCUGGUAUUGUUAAGGGUCUGGCUGGUAUUGUUAAGGGUCUGGCUGGUAUUGUUAAGGGUCCGGCUGGUAUUGUUAAGGGUCCGGCUGGUAGUGUUAAGGGUCCGGCUGGUAGUGUUAAGGGUCUGGCUGGUAGUGUUAAGGGUCCGGCUGGUAGUGUUAAGGGUCCGGCUGGUAGUGUUAAGGGUCUGGCUGGUAGUGUUAAGGGUCCGGCUGGUAUUAAUGGUCCGGCUGGUAUUGUUAAGGGUCCGGCUGGUACUGUUAAGGGUCCGGCUGGGUGUGGCGCCUUAAGACUUGACAAAUGA